AUCGAAUUUGAUUGGUGUCGCAUGUCUACAUAUUGUCAUUAUUGUGUUCGCAAGUGUACGUUAAUAAUAGUGUAUUUAAGUUGACUAUCAUCAAAUAAGGAUAAAAUGUACAUUGUGUGCAUACUACCAGAAGAAUGGCUAGCUUAUUCGUACGACCAGUUGGAAGAUAUUAUUUACGAGAUAAUCGAUGAAUUUGGAGAUGUUAUAAUACGCUGGGUGGAAUAAUAUUUUCAAUAAGUGGUGUAAAAACCAUGAUAGCUAAUUAUAAAAGUCAAUUUUGGUUUCGUCGAAUCAAUGAUGUCCAGAGCGAGCCUAACAGACAUUACUUCAUGCUGUAUUUGAAUUGGAAAAUAAUAUAGACUCAUGAGUGUAAUUAUACUUUGCAGUGA